AUGAGUGUGGCCGGUGUGGCCGGUGGUGCACCGCUGGAAGUAGACGAGAGGUCCAAGGUCUCUACUUCCUCCAGGGCACAGGAUGCCUUUGGCGAUGAGGAACUCGCCGAGGUCAAGUACAAAGUCCUCAAAUGGUGGCAAUGCGGGGUUCUCAUGGUGGCUGAAACCGUCUCCCUGGGUGUCUUGUCUCUGCCUGCUGCUGUUGCUAGCUUGGGUCUAGCUCCUUCCAUCGUUGCGUUACUCCUCCUGGGAAUGCUGGCAACCUAUACUGGCUAUGUGAUCGGACAGUUCAAGUGGAGGUACCCCCAGGUCUGCAACAUGGCCGAUGCAGGGGAGGUGAUCGCCGGCAGGAUUGGCCGAGAGGUCCUUGGUAUUGGCCAGGUUCUGUUCCUGGUGUUCGUGAUGGCUAGCCAUCUACUUACCUUCAUCAUCGCUAUGAACACCAUCACUGGCCACGGGACAUGUUCGAUUGUCUUUGGCGUCGUCGGCUUGAUCCUCUCAUUCAUUUGCUCGUUGCCUCGCACGCUAGUAAAGAUGUCUUGGCUCUCGUUCGUUUCUUUCGCCAGCAUUCUGUCAGCGGUGGUUAUCACGAUGUUUGGCGUGGGCUUCCUGCAUCCCGGGAAAGGCGUGGAAGCCACUGUACCUACUGACCUCAAUCAUGGGUUCUGUGCCAUCACCAACAUUGUUUUUGCUUUCUCUGGACAUGCCGCCUACUUCGGGCUAGCAGCGGAGUUAAAGGAUACGCGGGACUUCCCCAAGGCGCUAUGUCUGCUGCAGACCUUCGACAUCUCGCUGUACAUCAUUGCAGCUGUCGUGAUCUAUCGGUACGGUGGUGCAGAGGUGGCCUCACCUGCUUUGAGCUCCGCUAGUCCCAUGGUGGCGAAAGUUGCAUACGGCAUUGCCCUGCCCACUAUCAUCAUCGCUGGCGUGAUCAACGGCCACAUCGCCUUCAAGUACAUCUACUUGCGCGCGUUCGCUGGCACUGAUCGGAUUCACAAGCGCGACUGGAUCGCCAUCGGCUCCUGGGUCGGUAUUGCUUUGGGUUUGUGGGUGGUUGCGUGGGUUAUCGCAGAAGCCAUCCCUGUGUUCAGCAACUUGCUCAGCCUGAUCACUGCCCUCUUCGCCAGUUGGUUCACUUUCGGCUGCAGUGGCGUCUUUUGGCUAUACAUGAACCGUGGCCAGUGGUUCUCAACGCCCCGCAAAAUCGCCCUGACUAUGCUCAACAUCCUUAACUUUAUUGUCGCUGCGUGCUUGUGCUUUCUGGGGUUGUAUGUCUCCGGCAAAGCGAUCCACGAUCAUCCUAGCAGUAUGAGCUUCUCGUGCGCGGAGAAUGCGACCUGAAAGGGCUGGUACUUCAAAAGGUACUACUAACCUUCCAAGUUUUUAUCCUACUACAGGAUUUAUAAGUGGUGAGGGGAACUUUCGACGAGUGGGAUGCCUCUUCUCCCCAUCCCAUAACCGGAGAUAUAAUUUCCUUGGUUGCGUGGGUUUCCUUUUUCUUUCCUAAACAUUGACUGCCAGUAUCUGGAGGAGGUGCCCUAUCAGGGAGGACGGUAAUGCGGAACCUGUACUGUAUAUAAGGGUUCAAGGCUCACAAGCGCUAUGAGAACUGGAAUC